UUUAAUCUGUGACUGUACUUUUCAAAAAUCUUCAUGAAUUUCAGAAGCUAGAAGAAACUCCCAACAACAAAAAGAAAACAACAAUGAAAGAAGGUUUGGGUCUUGAUUAUUUUUUCACAUUUCUCAUCUCAAAAGCCAUUAAAAGCAAGAACUUGAGUCUAGGCUUGCUUUUACAUUCACAGUUCAUCAAAAAGGCUCUGACUCUUAGACCCUUUAUAACCAACCAUCUUAUAGCCAUGUACUCAAAAUUCAAUGAAACAAAAAGUGCCCAAAGGGCUUUUGAUGAACUUGUGGUGAAAAACAGCUAUUCUUGGAACAUUCUUAUCUCUGGGUAUGUGCAACGUGGCCACUUUGAUAGGGCUUGCAAGUUGUUCGAUCAAAUGCCGAGUAGAAACCUUGUUAGUUAUAAUUCACUGAUUUAUGGGUUUUCCCAGCACGGGUUUUACAAGGAAUCAGUACUCAUGUUCCUGAAAAUGCUAAAGGAUUGUAUGGUUAUUGAUAGUUGUACGGUUGUUGGUAUUGUUGGUGCUUGUGCUAGAUUAGGUGCUCUAAGAUUUUUAUGUCAAGUUCAUGGUUUUAUGAUUGUUUUUGGUUUGGAUAUGAAUUUGAUUGUUUACAAUGCUUUGAUUGAUGCUUAUGGGAAAUGUGGGGAAGUGGAUUGUGCUUAUAGGAUUUUCAAUCGAAUGAGCGAAAGGGAUGUGGUUUCAUGGGCUUCUAUGGUGGUUGCUUAUGCUAAAGCGUCCCGAUUGGAGGAUGCUUUUCGUGUAUUUAAGGAAACGCCGAUUAAGAAUACAUUAUCUUGGACUGGUUUAAUCGCUGGUUUUGCUCAAAAUAGUUGUGGAAAUGAGGCGUUGGAUCUUUUUCGGCAGAUGUUGGAGGAAGGAGUGCAGCCUAAUGCUUACACAUUUGUUGCCGUUUUAAGUGCUUGUGCAGAUUUAGCACUUAUUGAGAGAGGUAAACAGAUCCAUGCGCACAUAGUUAGAGUUGGCAGCAGAGGUGAUUUGUUGAACCUAUUUGUAUUUAAUGCUUUAAUCGACAUGUACUGCAAGUGCGGAAACAUGAACUCGGCUAAAUUACUGUUUGAGAGGAUACAUGAGAAGGAUGUUGUUUCAUGGAACUCAUUAAUAACCGGGUUUGCUCAAAAUGGGCAUGGAGAGGACUCGCUUAAUGUGUUCAGAAUGAUGAUAGAGGAAAACGUAAGGCCCAAUCACAGAACAUUUAUCGGGGCAUUAUCUGCUUGUUGUCAUGCAGGUCUAAUCUCUGAAGGAAUGAGGAUUUUAGAGUUAAUGGAAAAGUAUUUCGGUGUGACCCCUAGGUCUGAUCAUUAUGCAAUCUUGAUCGAUUUGCUUGGAAGGAAAAACAAGCUUGAGGAGGCCAUGAAUAUGAUUAAGAGAACUCCUAAUGGAACGAAUUGUGUUGGCAUGUGGGGUUCACUUUUAGGUGCUUGUCGUGUCCAUGGUAACUUAGGUUUUGCUAGGCAGGCAGCGGAGGCUCUGUUUGAACUGGAACCAAAGAAUGCUGCCAGAUAUGUAAUGUUAUCGAAUAUCUAUGCGACAGCUAGAAGAUGGGAUGAUUCCCGAGCAGUGAAAAGGCUCAUGGAGGAGAGAGGUCUAAGAAAAGAAGCUGCUUAUAGUUGGAUUGAGGUUAGGAAUGUACGACAUGAGUUUGUGGUGAAAGAUGAGGGCCAUUCUCAGAUUGAAAAGAUACACGAAUUGAUCAUCGUGCUAGUAGAUCAUAUGAAGGAUGUUGGAUACGGACCCCUGAGAGAUGGUUCCUUGUUUCCUGAUGAAGAUGAAACUAUUUGCUGCUAACUGCCCUCGAGCUACCCA